UUAAAUGCGCGGAUCACAUUCAAAUGGUUUUGUGUAGAAAUGGCUGAAGCAAACAAAACAACCGCAAGGCAACAAUUUCUCGAUUCGUACACUGCAUUAGUGAAUGGAAUUAGUACCGCACGGUUCGACGAGUUUAAGGAUUUUUUUGCCAACGAAAAUGAUUUUGAGGUGGCGGUGCAGGAAUUCCGCGACGGAUUGCAACAAGAACUGCUGGCGAAAGUGAACAGAUUGUGGAAUGAAUGCGACAUCGAUACCAAUGUGGAGAUUUUGGAAAGCUUAAAGAGCAAAGCAGCAGGCAGCUCAAACAAAAUGUGGCGCCCCACGGGCAAAAGUGUCAGCGAGCAGGUUCGUCCACUGGUGGUGAACAAACUGAAGACGUCGCUGAAGUUUUACCAAUUGCAGCUUGGAUUUCAAAAGGAGCGUACCGAGGAACUAAUCUACUCCAUUGAAACAAUGCGAGCGAAAUAUCGUGCAAUGCAGACCAGACGAAACCAUUUGCUGCAACAGAUCACCAACGAACAGAAGACGUUUGACUCCAUCCGGGCCCAUCACAAAGAGCUCGAACACAAGGUGAACGUUGACCUGCAAAAUUGCCCAAAUCGAAAAUAAAUGUCCCACGUGUGGUUCUGUUUCAGGUAGGA